GGAAGAAAUCAUAAAGUAAUAAGAAAAUAAUUUAAAAGAAUGGGUACAUGCGUCAAGCCAUGACAUUAACAAACAAACCGAAAAAAGAAAAAAACUCAUCUUUCUCCAAAAUCACACAAAUCUUCUUUAUUUGUUAUUCUCAAUCCUUCCUUCAUCCCCAGGUUUCUUUCGAUUCGUUGAGUCAUUCAAUUUUUCCAUCACUGGGUUUUUCUCUCUGAAUCCGAUCGGAGAAUCCAGUCGAUUACUAAUCUAGCGCUCUCUUUUUUUCUACUCGAUGACUUAUCACGAAGAAGACGAUACAGUUUCUGAAUUUCGAGUUAGAGUUGAAGAAGAUGGAGUUGAUAAAUUAGGUCAUUAUGUUAAACUUACUGAAGAUUUCGAAGUACAUCGACAAGAAACAGAACAAGAAUCUUCAUCAUCACCGUCUUCUUCUUCUUCAUGUGGACAGAAACGAUCUGUUUGGUUUUGGAUCAAGCUUGGUCUUUUCUUCACUUUUCUAACUGCUUUGGGUCUCGCUGGUUACAAAUGGCUAUACCCUUUAAUCAUGGAUAAGGAGCUAAUCCCACUCAUAAAAUGGGAGAUGGAGACAUUUACACACCCUGUGUGCGGUAUUCUUGUGUUUGCAUCAGUCUCUUUAUUCCCUGUGAUACUUAUUCCAACUACGCCGUCAAUGUGGGUGGCUGGGAUUACAUUUGGUUAUUUCUAUGGCCUUCUCCUUACUCUUCCAGCUGUAGCUAUUGGUGUUUCACUUCCUUACUUCAUCAGCUAUCUCUUCCUCAACAAAAUUCAAGGUUGGUUAGAAAGAUAUCCAGAUCAAGCUGCAAUGUUGAGAGCUGCUGGUGGAGGCAGUUGGUUUCAUCAGUUUCGUGCAGUUACCUUAAUCCGGAUUUCUCCAUUUCCUUUUGCUGUAUAUAAUUACUGCGCUGUUGCAACUCGUGUGAAGUUCGGUCCUUACAUGGCUGGUUCUCUCGUAGGCAUGGCGCCGGAGAUUUUUGUCGCAAUUUAUACAGGGAUUCUUAUAAGGACAUUGGCAGAUGCAUCCACUGCGGAACAAAAGGGUCUCUCGAUUCUUCAAAUUGUUCUCAACAUUUUUGGUUUUGUAGCAACUGUUGUGACAACUGUUCUCAUCACUAAGUAUGCGAAAAGACAGCUUGAAGUUAUGAAGAAGGAGAAGGAAGCUUUGUUGUUACAGUAAUGGAGACAACAACCUCAGAAGUUAUGUCUCUGCUUAUUCCCAAAGUACAGGUUUUCGUCCAUGAUGUGAAAGAACUCUUGAUUUUUGGUCUCUGUUUUGGUUUGUUUAUAGCCGAGAAAUGAAAGGGUAUAAAAGAAAUUAUAAUGACUAUAUAAACACUAACUAAACUCUCUAACACGAUUUAAUCUUAUUUGCGUUUUCUCAAUCUUUUGUUUUUUGAUGUUUGAAAAGAAUGGAUCAAUUGAAAACUUAAGAUCAUUACUCCUCCUUCGUUUUCUCGUUUAUAUUCUCUAGUAAGUAUGAACUAACUAUGAAGAUUGGAAAUUGUCUAAUUGGUAAAUAGUGCAAGUGUUGUGUCAGAUAUUCGUAGGUGACUAGUGAAAACUUGCACUUCGAAUAUUAUGGGCUGCAUUGAGAAAAAGCCCAAUAUAGCUUAGAUGGCCAUUUAAUUGUUUCUAUCAAAAUCAAAUGCGUCUCUUUUUCGAACUAUAAUGGUCAAGAGUUAUUUGUAGCCUACGAGUACGACAUUGCUAUGCGUUCGACAUAUUAAAUGGUGGAAUUGAAGAAGAAACCUUAGCUAUGAUUCAUCACAAUAUGUAUGAUCUAUAUUUUUUCAAUUUGAAAUAAUGGAGUUAUUCUAGACCAAAUCGAAUCUUUUGUUAAAUGGAUUUCUACUAAAAUUAAUCAAAGACUGUUUUAAUUACCAUUUUUUUUUUUUUGCGGUUUGUGAAACCAGUGUGAAUCUGCCCAAGUGAAGAGUGCGAGAGAUAAGAGGAGAAGAACUAUAUGGAGAGUUCUUGGGGAUUUGAAGCUGCGGUUUUUCUAGUAUCGGAUUUGGACAUCUAUAUUCUGCUUGAAAAUUCACACUAGAAAAUGAAGUGCUUCUGCGAGUCAUUUGUCUCUUGCAUAAGAUACAAAGUGGAAUUGAAAUAACUUUAUGUGAAAUAUAUAUAAUUCUAAAAUAUGAAGCUAAAUAUAAACCAAUUUUCUACAU